UGAAAUUAACAGCAGGCUCUGGGGAAAGGAGCCUUGUCCAGGAUCUCACCCAACCCGCCAGCCAGAUAAUCUAGAAGACAGCAAUGCCUCGUGGGAGUGCCCUGAGCAACUGUUCCAAUGGCAGUGACAGGGACGUGGAGGGACUUGCUGAAACAGAGUUGGCAAAGCUGCAGCAUCAGUUUCGAAUCAUGGAGGGAGACCACCAGGCUUACACUCUCGAGUCACAGCAGCUGCUCAGGAAGCAAUUGGCGGAAGUUGAGAAUCUGGAAAAGGACCAUGGGGAGUUGAUGCUGAACCUACAGCUUUUAGAAAGUAAACGCAACCAACAGCAGGACCAGGAGAACAUGGAAAGUGUUCAGAACAUGCUGAGCUACCGGAACGAGCUGGAGGAUCAGAUUGCCAGGGAGAAGCAAAUGAUCGUGGAUCUGGAGCAGGAGAUAAAGAAGUUGGAGCAAAAAAUCUUUGAGCAGAAGAAGGGGCUGAGUAAAGAUGUUAAUGUUCAAGUGAUGAAUGAACAGGUGAUGAAGAACAUUGGGAUCAUGGAGGACAGGUUGGACAGGACUCUCAGGAAGUUUAAUACCCAUCUUACAAGGAAUGGACAGUUGAGGGAGCAGAUUGAUACGCUGCGCGUGGAACGCUCAAGGUUCGAGCAGCUCCAGCGGAAACUGGGAAAAGAACUUCUGGAGAUUCGGAAGGAAAUUGGUUCUGUGAUUGACAGUUCGACUGCCGCGUACGAAGCCAGGGAUGAGGCACAGACGAAGAUGCAGCAACUGAAGGAGAAGGCAGAGAAAGACUUAGCGUUGCAUGCAGCUGAGAUGAAGGAACUUCAGCGAGUCAUCGACCACGACAGGAAGCUGAAGGAGUUCACGGGAAUUAAAACUCAGGAGCGGUCGAAUGAAGAUGAGACAUUACACGGCACCUACAAACGAGAACACGGCGAUGCAGCAAGAAAAAGGAAGGACGCAAAGGAAGAGACAGUGGAGAUGUAUGAAGCUGCCUUACAGCAGAUCCGAGCGCUCACUGGGGAGGACAGCUUGAAUGUGCUGGUGGAAAAGUUCACAGAAGUGGAAGAUCGGAACUUUGCACUGUUUAAUUACAUCAACGAGCAGAACAGUGAGGUUGAGAGAUUGCAGGAGGAGAUUGCUGAUAUCCAGGCACAGACUGAAGCCUUCAAAUCACAGGAAGUCCAACGGGAACAAGAACAUAAAGCUAUUCUGAGGAAGAUCGAAACUCAACAGGAGGAAGCGAGCAAACUGGCCAUGGAAUAUGACAGCAGGAUCAAAGGGGUCAAAAAAAUACUGGACCAACUCAAAACAAAAAUUGAAUCAUUGUUUAAUAGAAUAAACUGUGAUCGAUCUAUUUUGGAUGAAAUGUUGGGAUCUUCAUCUGGAAUCCGAGAUAACAAUGUGAUGCAGUACCUGGGCCUCAUUGAACAGCGCACCAAUGAGCUACUAUCUAUCCAAUCCUACCUCGCAUCCAAGGAUUAUGACAAACCAUAUGACCCACGGGAAGCUGCCAUUUUGCUGAUGGGCCAGAAUCUGAAAAAUCCGACCCAGCCAGUGUACAUUGAACCUCCCACCACUGGAAAUGAUAAUGACAGUGACGUAGAAUCUCCAGUGACUGACGAGGAGGAGAGGCCCCUGACUCAGACUGAGCUACGGCAAAAAAUACUGAAAGGGGUGAUGAAGAAAGAAGCAAAGGCUCUGAAGAAAAGCAUUCAUUAUGACCGCUCUCAACAAAAGCCCUAAACCAAGAAAU